CACCUCGCCAUCUGUCCCCCCCCUCCUCUUCUUCUUCUGCUGCCGCUGCCGUUCUCCACUCUCACUGUAACCAUGUGUCGUCGGCCCACUCAGCUCCCGGCGCCGUCCUCGGCGCGUGGCGCUCGUUCAUGGCUCCGGGUGCCUCGCCUGGCUCUUCGUCACCGUCUGAGCGCGCUCAGUAAUGGCGUCUGUCGGCCCGCCCCCUGGCACCGCCGGCCGAUCUCUUUCCUCGGCUUCAUCCUGUCUGUCAGUGCCCUGCGGCCGCUGGCCAAUCGGGUGGCGCUAUACCGCACCUUCCCAACGCGCCUCGUCUCUCGGGCCUGGGGCCGCCUGAACGGGUUGGACCUCCCCACCUGGCUCCGUAAACCCAUCUACUCGCUGUACAUCUGGACAUUUGGGGUCAACAUGCAGGAGGCGGCGGUGGAGGAUUUACAUCACUACAAAAACCUGGGCGAGUUUUUCCGCCGACGUCUCAAACCUGCAGUCCGACCCGUUUGCGCCGCUUCCUGCCUGACGUCUCCCGCUGACGGGAAGAUCCUUCAUUUUGGUCGAGUUAAGAACUCUGAGGUGGAGCAGGUGAAAGGCAUCACCUACAGCCUGGAGAACUUCCUGGGUCCACAGACCAGCAGAAGCAAAGACUUGUCCUCGUCGUCGUUCCAGGAGGACCUGCUGUCGUCUCCUGACAACGACCUGUUCCAUGUGGUGGUCUACCUGGCCCCAGGGGACUACCACUGCUUCCACUCGCCGACCAACUGGACCGUGGAGAUGAGGCGUCACUUCCCAGGCGCUCUGAUGUCGGUGAACCCGGGCGUGGCCCGCUGGGUCAAAGAGCUGUUUUGCCUUAAUGAGCGGGUGGUGCUCAGAGGCCAGUGGCAGCACGGCUUCUUCUCUUUGACGGCGGUGGGAGCCACCAACGUGGGCUCCAUCAGGGUCUACUUUGACCAGGAGCUGCAGACAAACACUCCUCGCUACAACAAAGGUUCGUUCCACGAUCGCAGCUACGUCGCUACAGACAACCAGGUGAAGUCGGCUCCAGAAGAAGGGGGCGUGUCUUUGCACAAAGGGGAGCCUGUCGGGGAAUUUAACCUGGGGUCCACCAUCGUUCUCCUGUUCGAGGCUCCCAGAGACUUCAGCUUCAGCCUGCAGCCCGGGCAGCGAAUCAGAAUGGGGGAGGGCCUCGGCAGCCUCUGAUUGGCUGAACACUUAUGGAAGGUGUGGUCUAAACAACGAUGGAAAGGUGGAGGUCUUAAAUUGGCUUCAGACUCGGAGGGCGGAGCAUUGUGAAGGAUAUCGCAGAAGGACAUGUCAUGGACUCCAACUCCCAGGAUGCUUUGUGCCAAAGGUCGCUCUCUCUCUGAAUACUGGAAUGUGUCUCUAACCCACAGCCAUAAUGGCCAAACGUUCUUUUAACUCGGGCAUCUUCGGCCGCCGUCGUCGGUUCGAAGCAGAUCAGAGGAAAGCACUGUGAGGUCAUCAGUGGUAUGGCCGCUGAUUGGCUGGAAGCUGGUGACUUUGUUUACUUUUAUUUUUGUAAAGUAUAUAAGUGUAAAAAAUAAAUUUCUACUUUAAGCAUGUUUGUCAGUUUAUCAUUUUAAAGCCCUGGGCUGCCAUGGUAACAGCAGGUGGAGGACGGGGCUUAAAGUCGGUGGGAAAUCAUAUUUAAAUGUCAAAUAAUUCUGGCU